UCUUUUGUGGAUGCACAAGUCGGCUUCAGUAGGGAAGGAUAGAUUGUGUGUGUCUGAAGGGAUAGAGAUAGAGAGAAAUAGACUAGGGAGGGAAAUCAAGUGAGGAUAGAGAGAUGUAGGCUGGAGCCAGAAAUGAGGCUGGGUGCUAUGGUGACUGAAGCAUAGGAUUAAGUCAAAUGUCUAGUUUUUCUGUCUAUGACCAUGAUUUGGAAUCAUAUAAAUUGGAAUGCCAAAACUAGAAGAAACUUUAGAGAUCAUCUAGUCCAAUGCCCUUAUUUGAAAGAUAAGAAAGUUGAGACCCAGGGACUUGCCUAACAUCAUACAGGAAAUUAAUGGCAGAGCCUGAACCAAGAUCCCCAGAGAAGCCAUCAUGGAACCCAAUUCCCGUGGAGCCUUGGACCGGCAGCAGCUCCGUCUUCGAGAUCGACAGAAGUUCUUUGAAGAAGUUUUCCAGCAAGACUCAGAAUUCUUCUUCCCUCUAUCACAUCUUCACCUCGAGUCCCGGAGACCUCCCAUAGGCAGCAUUUCUUCUAUGGAAGUGAAUGUGGAUACACUGGAGCAGGCUGAAUUGAUUGAUUUUGGGGACCCAGAUGCCUCAGAUGUGUUCUUACCCUGUGAGGAGCUCCCACCAACUCCACAGCCACCCACCAUCUCUGGUGUGGAUGAUCGUCCGGAGGAACUGAACCUGCAGAGGCCCCCAUCAGACAGGACCAUGUCAAGGACCUCCUCUUCCUCUUCUUCCACUGAACUUAAUAGCCCAGACCUGAUUGGAGAUGGUGUGGACACACCUUUGGCUCAGUCUGAUGAGGAGGAUGGUGGCGCAGAACCUGCAGCCUGCAGCUAGCAGUGGGGGCUUCCUUUGGACUGAACUAGAUGGGGACUGGUCAUACCUUAGUGAGGAACCCCAGCCCCUGCUAGGAGCCUUUGGGGAGAAGGCCAAAGUCUUCCAAAGCAGUUGGCACUAGAGGGAGAAGACUACAAAUCUUUCAGACAUUAACUCCUGCUUGUUGCUAAUGCUUGCCAGCGUCCACUGCACAUAUCUACUCAUGACCUACGUAGGCAACAAAUGAACUAGGGAGAUGUGGGGAGAGGUGGAAGGUAAGGUGGGACACCAUCUACAGCACAUUUCCGAAGGGCCAGAAAAACCAUCCACCUUUUGUUAGUGGACUUGACCAAGAGGACUUGUGGAUGUAAAUAUACCAGCCCCCUUCCUUCCUUCUCUCCUUGAAAUGCUACACAAACCAGCCUCCUUUCCUUUCCUUCUUGAAAUGGCAUAUCAACUAUCCUGCUUUCUCAUUUCUCCCACUGUUACGCUCUAGUAAUCUUCUCACUUUAUUUACAUACUGAGAAGCUCUCCCAAACCAUCCCGCUUGACUUUUUGUCUCUUUUCAAGCACAGUUACUGGGGUCCAGGAUGGUCAUUUCCUAGUCUUAUCUACAGGCCUUCCCUUACCCUGAAGAAACUAAGCCUCUUAGGCUCAGCAUGAGGCCCCACAGCUGCCCACUGUCUAUGGGGGGGGAGUGUGUUUGGAUAAAACUUAGCAGCCCCUCCUGGCUCCAGGAAGGUUGGGACCCAGCUCCCUUGUCCCCAAUCACCAAACCUUGGUGCUGAGACCAUCUACUGUGCAGCCAGAGGGUCAGUGGCUGCCCCCACUAUUGGCAGGGUCUGCAGUUGUGUUUUUCUUGGCCCCAGAUCUCCCUGCAGGAGAGACAAAGCUUUAGGGUGCACUUCAGCAAUAUCUCCUCUCAACCCUGACCACUCAUUGCUUCAUCACCAGGCUCACAGCAGGCCCAGCGCCUGUGGUCUGACUAGGACCAUAUAAUUAUAGGAUUAACAACUGAAAGGAAUCUUAGGUCAUCUAAUCCAAUUCCUUCAUUUUACAGAUGGAGAAAUUGAAACCCAAAGCCAUUAGAGUGACUUGUCCCAAGCUAUUGGGGUAGAAAUAGAGGUGUACCUUGUCCCAGACAGGUAGUAGUUUGCCCUGCACCCAGUGCCCCCCUGCUUCUGCUCCCCAGCUCAGCUUUGAUGCUUCCUCCCACUAUUGUCCGUGAGGUUUCUACUGUGGAGGGCCAGAGACCAGCGUGUCUGGGCUGCGGCCACAGCAGACCAUGGGUUAAUAAACCUUUUGAUUCCAGCAGGCAAAUGCUAUCAUUAGCCUUCUGAGUGAGAGAGAAUGUGUGUGUGUGUAUCCGGGUAACAGCAUCUCAGUGUCUCCCUGGUGAUAUGGAAAUGUUGUUGGGUUUAUGGGGCCUUGGUGCAUGAAUCAGUUGAGAUUCUAAUGCAAAGGAGGUAACCUUCAUGCUUUGUGCAGUCAUUAGAACCCUCUUGGAGUACUGUGUCUAGUUUAGGAGGUCACAUUUUAGGAAGUAUGAGAGAGAGAGUUUGGAGUUCAGAAACUUGGAUUCCAAUCCUGCUUCUGACACAUACUCCCUGUAUGGCCUCAGGCAAAUCAAUAACUUGCUGGUGCUACAGGUAAAUUGCUAAGUUAUAAAUUGGUCUGCAUCGGUGGGAAGAAUGGCUGUACCAAUUAGUAGGCAGGUGAUACCAUAGUGCACAGAGUGGUGGACCUGGAAUCAGGAGGUCAAGUAUGACAUCUAGCUAUGUGACCCUGGGCAAGUAACUUAACUUCUGCCUGCUUAACUGUAAAAUGGGGAUAAUAAUAGCACCUAUCUCCUAGGAUGGUUCUGAGGACCAAAUGAGAUAUUUGUUUAAAAACAAGUCCUUACCAUAGUGCAAAUAGUAGGCAUUAUAUAAAUGCUAGUCAUGCUGAUGUUGAUGAAGAAGAAAUCUCAGGUCUGGGCAAGAGAAGCUAAAACACACCCAGAGCUUUUAAACCUGGUGAAAGAUUGGCUGUAGGGAGGGGAGCAGUUGAUUAUUGAUUUGUAAUUGAUCCCAAAGGACAAAAAUAGGAUCAAAUGGAAGUCAGGCAGAUUUUUGUUUCUAAAUUAGAAAAAAAAAAUCCAGACAUUCAAGAGGCCAUCUUGGAAAAGAGUGAGUUCCCCAGUAUUAGAAGUAUUUCAAUAUUGUGAUGUUUUGGGAAAAAGCUGGUUUAGAUCACAAACUCACAGUGCUAGAGUUAGAAAAAAACUUAGAAAUUAGUUACUUCAAUAUCCUUUUUUUUCCCCAGUUAGAAACUGAGGCCUUAGAGAGAGGAAGUUGACUUACCCAAUAUCAAGCAAUUAUUAAGUCUAAGAAUUGGAACUUGAACCCAGGUUUCCAAGUUUAGUGCUUUUUUUUUCUUUUACCCAUGAUGCCUUCUAGAGUCAUACCUCCAGGUUUCCUUCUAGCUCUAAGUUCCUAUGAGGAACUAAAUUCCUAUGAGAAGCUCUUCUAUUUAGUGUUGCCAAAGGGCGUCUCUACCCUAAGCUGAUUGGGUAGCCCUUGGAAACCGGAGAGAAGAUUCUGGUCUUAGCUGAGAUCAGACCCUGGGGUGGCUCAAACUGUCACCCACUUCCUGGCCAGGGACAAUGGGCUAAUCCAGUGCCAAACCACAAGGGCUUGGCUUCCCAUCAAGAGCUUCCUUGUGCCUAGUCCAGCCUGGGUUUCUAGACCACAUAAUGCUCUCCCAGGGACAGGAUGGUUUGGAAUGAUUUCAUGGGGCAUUGAGCCCAGGUCCUACCCAGCUUCCCUCACCCCUGUCACCUCCAGCCAUGGCUGAUCGUUUGUAUUUCGAAGUUUUGUAGAGGUUGGAUGACAGUUCUUCCCAAAUUCCUGGCACCCAGGGAGAGGCAGGGAUUUAGUGAUCCUCACAGCAAUCCUUAGGUUUGGAGGAAGGAAGAUGAGCCACUACUUAGAGGAAAAUAGAGAGAGGGAGAUAACUAUAAUCUGAAAGUACAAGAAAUUAAUAUGAGGGGAGGAAAUCAGCUACCCAGGAUUUUUACUCUCACACAGAUCUCAGGGUCAGGUCAAGAGAGACAAUUUGUGGUCCUUUUGAUUGGGAUUUAUUGUCUUUCAAAACAACCCAUGUUUUGAUGAGUGAAGGAUUAUACUGACUUUCCAGUGUUCUCUUUUUCACCAGUUAGCAAUUAACCAGGAUCAAAGCAUUAAGGGCUGGAAGGGACUUUACCCUCUCAGGGAUGCUUAACCUUGGGCCUACUUUCAAGGAGUCUAUGGAUAGUUUUAGGAAAUAUAUGUACUUGGAUAAAAAAAAAUUACAAUUUUAUUUUUCACAAACUACUAGCCAAAUUUUAGCUUGUUCCUUCUAAGAUAUUAUUCUAAUAAGGAAUUUGUAGGGAUCAUUAGAUUGCCUAAGGGGGUCAAUGAUGCAAAAAAAAAAAAAAAAGAAAGGUUAAGGACUACUACAUAUUUUUUCUUUUAAAAAAUGGAUAUAUUUCAUUUUGACCCAACACUUUUCUCCAAAAACUCAAACCUCCUUACAUUCCCUAUAACAUUUUAUCAAUGUUAAUCAAAAGAAAGGAUGUGACCUUUAACUUUGACAGUAGGAUCCUAAUUUUUACCAUUGUUACUGUAUUUGACCAAAGUUCUGUCGACUUUAUUUGCUUAAGUCAUUGUAUAUAUAGUUCUUUUGUCCCUUCUUUCUUUGUUUUGGAUUACUUAUAAAAGUCUUCCUAUGUUUCUCUGAAUUCUUUGGAUUUGUCAUUUCUUAUGGUACAAUAAUUUUUAUUACAUUCAUAUAUCAUAAUUUAUGCAGUCAUUUCCUUAUUGUUGGGUAAAUAUUUAUUUUCCAUCUUUUUAUCACAAAUAAUGUUGUUCUAAGCAUUUUUGUAAAUAUGAGUAUAUUCUUGCUGUCUAUAACAAUAUAUGGCCCCACAAAUGGGGUCAAAAAGUA